CUUGAAUGAUUGAAGGUUAGAAAGUUCAAUUGUGCACCGCAGUCGGCUUGGUGAAGGCCGUUCCCCUCAAAUGUGCUUCCACCCGCUGAUUAUACUUGAUCGGUGUGUCGUUGAAUAAUGUCUGCACCAAUUUCCAGUCUAAAUAGCCUUUUUUCAUUUACUUCUCCUGCUGUCAAACGGUUACUUGGAUGGAAGCAGGGCGACGAGGAGGAAAAAUGGGCAGAGAAGGCAGUGGACUCUCUCGUUAAAAAGCUCAAAAAGAAAAAAGGAGCUUUGGAGGCACUAGAAAGAGCUCUAAGUAACCCCGGCGAACUGUCUGAAUGUGUUACGAUCCCACGGUCCCUUGAUGGUCGCCUUCAGGUUUCCCAUCGAAAAGGAUUACCACACGUAAUAUACUGCCGUGUCUGGCGCUGGCCCGACCUUCAAAGCCAUCAUGAGCUCAAACCACUUGAAUGUUGCCGCUUCCCUUUCUCUGCCAAAGAAAAUGAGGUUUGCAUAAAUCCAUACCACUACAAGCGUGUAGAGAGCCCGAUUCUCCCACCGGUCCUGGUCCCUCGUCACAGUGAAUAUCCAAAUGUGGGCUCAGUAGCCUCUUCGCCCUCUGCUCCACCAUGUGCAACCGGUAACAGCUCUACGACCGGCCACUCCGCCACCACUUUGAGCAUGUUUCAAAGAACUUCCGAACCCGCUAUGCCUUACAAUGUUAGCUAUCCUCAAGGUUUCGCCCACUCUCCUGCUGGCCUCGGCAGCAGCGGAACAUCGACGGAGAGCAGUCUCACUGCACUAUCAUCGCCAACUAAUUCCGCACUCUCAUCAGGUUAUCCUACCGGCUCCUCCACCCUGGGACAAAAUAUGCACCCGGUGACAUACCAGGAGCCGAAAUACUGGUGCUCCGUUGUCUAUUAUGAAUUGAACAAUCGCGUCGGGGAGGCUUUUAACGCGAUUCAGCCGAGCAUCAUUAUCGAUGGAUUCACCGACCCAUCGAACAAUUCUGACCGUUUUUGCCUCGGACUUCUUUCCAAUGUGAAUCGGAAUUCCACGAUCGAAAAUACGAGGCGGCACAUCGGCAAAGGCGUCCAUCUGUACUACGUAGUCGGGGAGGUGUACGCCGAGUGCCUAUCGGACAGCAGCAUCUUCGUGCAAUCCCGGAACUGUAAUUACCACCACAAUUUCCACCCGACUACGGUGUGCAAAAUUCCACCCGGUUGUUCCCUCAAAAUUUUCUCUAAUCAGGAGUUCGCCCAUCUGCUCAGUCGUACCGUACAUCACGGGUUCGAAGCGGUGUACGAGUUGACAAAAAUGUGCACCAUUCGGAUGAGUUUUGUAAAGGGUUGGGGUGCAGAGUAUCACCGCCAAGAUGUCACAUCAACUCCAUGCUGGGUCGAAAUUCACCUGAACGGCCCCUUACAAUGGCUUGAUCGGGUCCUCACCCAAAUGGGCACUCCCCGCAAUCCCAUCUCUUCAGUGUCUUGAUCACCGGUGGCCAGUCGUGCCCACCAACACUACGCUUCGGCUCUUCUGCGCCCUUUUCCCACUAUUCUGUCAUGUGUGGGCAUCUGUGAUUGAUGUUGCAAUCUCCCGUCACGUUCAAAUGUGGUUCUGAUCAGUGGCAUGUACCUCCGUCCCUCUCCGUUCCUUUUUCCCCUUAUGUUACGCUGAUGAUCUAUACGCGCCUUCUUUCAUUGUGCUCGUUGUACCUAUUUAUGUGCACCUUAUUCUUUGCGCAUUACCUUGAGCUUGUGUCUCUGUUGUAUGCAUCAUUCACUGAUCAUUAUCCGUGCCUUAUCUCCCUUCACCCGAUGGUUGCCUUCUAGGCAAGUUCCAUCUGAUCCGGUUGCCACCCCCACUCAUUAUUUGUGUCCGUUGCAUUUACCCACACGCCUGCGGUGGCGUCUUCUUGCCCCACCAAUUCGGCUCCCGUGACCCCGCGUCUGAACGCAAGCGCCAUAUAUGAUCGUCGGACCGUCGCGCCACAAGUUUUCUAUGCCUUUGCACUCGUUUUUCUUUUUCCAUAUUCGAAACAUUUUAUCGGUCGCCACUAUUACCGUUCCGCGAUCUCGUGUUAUUGACUACGUGACCGCACAUCGGACUACAUAAUAUUGCAACUGUUUACUUGCUUAUCAUAUUUUGUAUCAUUUGGGUCACAUUGUACGAUUUGAUCAAACGUGUAUUUUUGACCGUGACACCCAAAUCUUCAGAGGCAGGUACGAUUUCAUGUUCAUUACGCCUAAACGGAAUAUUCGUGUCCCACUGUGUUUCCGUCGCUUCGUAGGCGAGUUGUGACUUACGAGCUCUUCAUUUCAACACAGCCCAUUUGCCAGUAUAAACUAACAAUUUAUCCACUUCAGUGAUUCAGUUUUGUUAAACUUCUAUGUGCUUCCGCACGGGCCACCGAUCGGACAACUGCUCCGUGCUUUCAAGCCCAUUCCUCCAACGCGAGCGUGGUUGUGUUAUCGCCUCUGAUGUUUCGCACGCUCUUUGUUCUUAUUUGUCCAUUGAACCUGUUCAGGCUCACUGCCGUGCCUUUAGCGCGAAACCGACUCAGUUCCCGUCUUUAGCUAACAUGAUCAUGAACUUCCCACAUUAAUACUAUGGCCAGACAAAUGUUAAGUGCUACG